AUGACAAACUCGGAUAAGACAACCGUCAAUCGCACCAUUGAUGAUGCGACGCAUGCUAAUGAUGCUACAAUUGUGAACCUCAAAAUUAACAAAGGUGUUCUCCAAGCUAUGAUAGACGCAGCUGUUGGAAAAGCUGUGAGAAAGGCCGUGAAAAAGUUCAAGAAGCCCAAUGCUACUUGCUCCACAUCCCAUUUAAGACUACACUCCUUUACUCACGAGAAGGAUCUUGUUCAUACCUCGGAUACAAAGGAUGAACUAAAAAGGAAAAGGGAGAAAGAUAACUCCCAUGCUUCUAAGAAAAAGAGCAAGCCUGAGCUUAAGAAGAACAAACAAAAGUCUGACAAGAAACCUGUAUGUAAGACCUGCAAGAAGCGCCAUUACGGGAGAUGCAGAUUUGAAUCUAAACCUCUACCUUGUGGGAUUUGCAAAUCAAGUGAACAUAAAACAUUGGAUUGCAAGGACAUAAAGGAUGCAGUCUGCUACGACUGUAACGAGAAAGGCCACAUCAAGACUACGUGCCCUAGAUAUGCCAAAGGAGGUGUGGUUAAGGAUAGAAAGCCUGAGAAUGAAAGCGCUUAA